AUGCUUAUCCUUAGAGGAUUGUUCACUCAGAAUAUAACAAGGCUGUGUACUCCUUUUCUGUCAUACUCUCUUUUUACUCUGUCUGCCUCUAUUUCUUUUUCAUAUGACCUCUCUCUCAUUUUCCCCUCUUUAUUUUGCUUCUUCUCAUUUCCAGUGUUUUUUGUUCACUUUCCCUACCUGUUAAUUUAUCAUGGCAUUUUUUUCCUUUUUUCUCUCUUUCAUUCCUUCAAACUUUUUCUCUAUUUCAGUUUUUCCUCUCUUUGUUUCUUACUGUUAUUUUUGUUCCUCUUUUUAAUUCUCUCACUUUCUCCCCAUUUCUUUUUUUUAUUUGGCCCUUCUUUUCAGCUCUUACAUUCUCUCAUUCUCUUUCUUUGCCUUUUCUAUUACCACUCUCUUUCUUUUUUAUUUCACUAUUCAUAUUCACUCUGUUUCUAUUUUUCUUUCUUACUUUUGUAUUUCCAUUGUCUUUUUUAUUAUCACUCUCUAUUCUUUCUUUUUCUUUUAUUCGCCCACUCUCUUUGCAUUUUUAUUUUCUUUCUUUCUUUUUCUUUCCUUAGUCUUUUCUACUUGCACUUUCUGUCUAUUUCUUUUCUUUUUUAUUUCCUUUGUCAUUUCUACUUUCGCUGUCUUUCCAAUUCUUUUCUUCCUUAUUUCUGUAAUGUCUUUUUUCAUUUCUACACUUUUCUACUCACACUCUCUCAUUUCUAUUCUUUCUUUUUUUCUUCUUAUUUUCCUUGUCAUCUCUACUUCCACUCUCUUUACAUUUCUAUUUUCUUUUUAUUUGCUUUGUUUUUAUACCCCCACACUCUCUACAUUUCUUUCUUUUUCUCUCCAUUUAUUUAUUUUUUACUUCCCUUGUCACUUUUUACUCCCAUCAAUUGA